AUGUCACAGCAAGACUCGGAUCCACAAAUUACACCUACCGCUUCACCUACACCGAAGCAGGGAGUACAAUCAUCUUCAUCUUCGUUCUCACCUAUCACACCUUUGACCUCGAACCAAUACGUACUAUCUCAUCCAGUAGCAUCGGAAUCGCUAAGCGAUCUGAACAAAGCUUCGAUCGAUACAGGAUAUACAAUCACUCCAACUGGUACCGGAAGGCCUUCUGAGGAUAUACCAGCAUCUGCUGAAGGUUCAGGCUCGAGGUCAGGUUCAGGAGGAUCAUUCAACUCUGAUUCCAUACUUGAAGUAUUGGAUAACGACGAUGAAGAGUAUGACGAAGAGGAAGUAAUGACUUUCUUAAAUAAUAAUGGACAUAGUACGAAUGAUGAGGAGACGGGCACGGAAGAUUUUGAAUUCGACGUUUCGGAUCCUCUGGUAAACGGUUCUGGGUCUGGAUCAAGGGGUAGGAAUAAGAGGAAGGGUAGAAGGAGACGGAGAGGAAGAUGGAAUGAGGGUGAAGAGAAGGAAGAGAAGGGAUUAUUGGAGCUCAUACCAUCGUUGAUCCUUGCUCAUCCCCUCCCACUCCUCCCGCUACUGGCAUUAUUACCUUAUAACUUCCUGCCUGCCGGUGUGGUCUUAUUCGUACCCGUCUUCUGCGUCUUGGCAUUGCUGUCUGCUUGCGCGCAUGUGGUCAUCGUAUAUCUAGCAUGGUACUUGAAGGUCUCAUCAUUUGAAGAAGUAUUCGCAGCCGUCACUGCGAAGUAUGGUAAAUACGGCUUAUGGACCGGAAGAGGGUUCGUAGUUUGUGCUGUUUUUGGUGUAGUUGUCAGUUGGAUUGAAACCCUUCAUCCUUUACUUCAACCAGUUAUCGAGACCUAUUUACCUAAAAACGCCGUUUUUGAGUCAAGAGUAUUUUGGACGAUAAUCGUUUCUUCAGCGCUAUUACCUUCUCUUCUUCCCUCACGAAUGACCAGAUCGCUCAGACGAUCACCCAUAGUCAUCGCCCUGUUACUUCCGGUCGUAGCCUUCUUGGUGAUUGGACGAACGGUCGAGAUCAAAAAGGCUUCAGAGCUUCCUCAACCGAUAGGGGAAGACAAUGGGACGGAAAACGGCGGAGAGGUUAUAACGGAGGUUUUGGGUCAUUUGUUGAGGAAGAGGAGAUUUGGUUUAGCAGGUGGUAGUAGUGCAGGUGCUGGGUUGACCACCUUGACUAUAUUCUUCUCACCUCACAUCAACACCCUACCGAUUCAUGCCUCACUCGCUCGAUCCAAAAGCACUUCCUUCCCUAUCCCAUGUUUGCUCGCAUCCUCCUUGAUCCUCAUCUUAUGUCUCCCUUUAGCCCUGGUCCCUUAUUACCUCUUACCUCCCUUGGACCAAUCCAGUCCAACACCCAUAUCAAGUCCUACUACCCCCUCAGGCGUUUUCGCAAGAUUGCCCGCCGAUGAUGGAUGGGUGAACAUCUCGCGCAUCUUGAUGUGCGUGGUCAUCCUAGGCUCGACAAAUAUGUGGAUCUUGAGAGGUAGAGAUACGAUUUUACGUUCGAUGGGCGUCGAUCAAGGUGAAAGAUUGAAAGCUGGUAGAUGGGUUGGAAUAGCCAUUUGGGGAGUAGUGGUGCUAGUAGCGAGUAUAAGUGGUUGGAUAGCUGAAAAGAUUGAAUUGCUCGGUGUGCUGAGUGUGUUGGCUGUAGGAUGGUUUUUGCCUUCCCUAUUCUUCAUCAUCACCUUCCAUGUCCGAUCUCCACUCUCCAUCAUAUUCCCAUCGCGAAACACCCCUAUAUCCGAACAUGACCAGACGAACAACCCUGGUACUCCCUCUAGGAGACUACCAUCCUCGAUGAAUGGACAUGGUCAUGGACAUAAUCGAACGAACAGUUUGAACGACCCAUCAACGGAUAUAUUACUGGCGAGAAAAGAAAAACAAUUACAGAAAAGACGGUUGGGUAGAAGGUUAUGGCAGGAUUUGUUAGUUUAUAUAGGUAUUUUACCUACUGGUGUGGUUUGCUUGAUUUGGACUUUUGGUAGUUUUUUGGGUAUUUGGUGA